GGGAUGUAAAAACCAUCCCAACAAGACUUAAAAGCGCUAUUGCUUUUCCCAAUUGUGCAGGGAGAGCUAUUGGGGAGGUAUUCCCGCCCCGCCCGGAACUGGACCUUGAGUACACGUGAUGGCGCGGGAAGACUUGGCCCCAAGAGACCUACGAUUAAGCCGCAGCCCCAGAAGGAGCUCGCCAGGUCCACGAGGGUGAGCGGAAGCCCGGGCGGCAGCAGACUGUAAGAAGUUCGCGAGAAAGCGGUUUGCGACACAGAAACCUUCAUCAUGCAACUAAAUUGCUUUACGUCUUCCAGCAGGCUGCUUUGCGGCUCUCCUCCCCAUCCGAAUUGAUUUACGGCUCCUCCUUCUGCUUUUUCAAAUCUGUCCCUCACGUUCUCCCGGCUCCCUGAGGCCGAUGCUGGGAUUAGACCUUCUUCCCAGGGUGCCCUUGCACUUCCUUCCCAGUUUCCUCUGCGCAUCCCGUCCCUAGUUCCCGUCGCUUACGUGCUGCCGUACGAGGUUCCCUGCGUGCACUGCGCGUUGCCGGAGGCGCAGACCAACCAGGGUCACUAUGUCUGGGGCUGGGGAGGCAGCACUUGGAGCACAUGGCAACCAUUCCCGCUGUGCGGGCGGCAGCACUGUGUUGUGCUUUGGACAGUGCCAGUACACAGCGGAGGAGUACCAGGCCAUCCAGAGUGCUCUGAGGCAGAGGCUGGGCCCGGAAUAUAUCAGCAGCCGCACGGCUGGGGGAGGCCAGAAGGUGUGUUACAUUGAGGGUCACAAGGUCAUUAGCCUGGCCAACGAGAUGUUUGGGUACAACGGCUGGGCGCACUCGGUCACGCAGCAGAAUGUGGAUUUUGUUGACCUCAACAACGGCAAGUUCUACGUGGGAGUCUGCGCGUUUGUGAGGGUGCAGUUGAAGGAUGGCUCCUAUCAUGAAGAUGUGGGCUAUGGUGUUAGUGAGGGCCUCAAGUCCAAGGCCUUGGCGCUGGAGAAGGCGAGGAAGGAGGCGGUGACUGAUGGGCUGAAGCGAGCACUCAGGAGUUUUGGGAAUGCACUUGGAAACUGUGUCCUGGACAAAGACUACCUGCGGUCCCUGAAUAAGCUUCCGCGCCAGUUGCCUCUUGAAGUGGAUUUGAGUAAAGCAAAGAGACAAGAUUUUGAACCAUCUGUGGAACAAGCAAGAUAUAACAGCUGCCGACUGAACACGGCCCUGGCACCCCCACGACCACAGGAGGUGACCUCCCCCUGCAGACCAGGCCUCCCAGAUAAUCCCCACCUUGUGACACAGGGGGACAAGGACAGCAGCUCCCGAACCCCGGCCUGCUCCGCGGGGAGUGACACCACCCAGCAGCGGAAGCUCCGGCAGCAGCAGCUGCAGCGGCAGUUCCGGGAGCAGAUGGAGAGACAGCAGCAAGUGCAGACGUCCGCCCCGCCCGCGGAGACAGAACGUGAGGUGGCGCUGCCUGCCCCGCCCGUGACGCACAGCACUCCCAAACCUGCUGACCCUGACCCGGGCCCGGAGGAAGACUCCCUUGCAGAGAACCUUGAAGACAACCUGGACCUGUGGGAUGAGACUCCAGACAUCCUGGACAAUGUUGCCAAGCCCUUGUCAAGAGCAGCACCAGCCCAGAUGUCUGCCAUGCCAGCCCCGAACCAUCUGGAGCUGGAGACCUGGAACAAGAACCCCCACGGCCUUUGCCACCAGAAGCCACAAACAGAAUCUGUGCCCCGGCACCCCCAAAUUCACGACACUAACCAGCAUGGAACAGGAGACUGUGCAUCUCAUAGGAACAGCCGGGACAUGAAGAAAAGGAAAUGGGACCCGUCCUGAGGCUCAGGCCACAUGCCUGGACUUCAUUACCAAGGGGCUUUGGAAGCUACUCUUGAGUCAUGAACUUGUUCGUCCCUGAGGAAUGGACUGUCCACGGGCUCACACCGGGGUUCAUCCCGAACCUUCCCAGGGGAUCUGUCGGAGCCUGCUGCAGAGAAAGCCGAGUGCCUGAGGAUGUCACACGUGGCAGUGGCGGGGGUGGUGGUGGGGAGGUAGGGGGGAAGGAGUGGGGGUCUUGGACAGAUGGAAUGCCUUGCCUUUGGCCCUUGAUGCUUUUCAGUAUUUAUUCCUACGCAACUGUUAAUAAAGACAGACAUUUUAGGACUUGCCCAUGGCUGCUUGCCUCCAAGCAGUGUAGGCCACACUUGAGUGCCAGCUUUAAAGGCCUUGAUGAAGUUGAAAUUGUAGCAAGGAAGGCCCUGCCCUUCUUUCCCUUUUCCUCAGAACAAGGCAGGUGCUGCUGCCUCUUACUUUGUAUCAAUGCAGGUGGCCGAGUCCCUGUGCUACCCUGGUCUCCUGCAUCCCUGAGGGAUCCGUUCCAAGACGCCCAGUGGAUACCUGAACUCUCAGUGCCAAGCCCUGUCAGCGAGUGCCGAGUGCCUCGUCUACCUUUACUGAGCAUUUUAGCUGUAACUGUUGCAGCUUGCGGUGUGAUAGAAAGGACAUUUUCCGGCCGGCACCAUGACUCACUUGGCUAAUCCUCUGCCUGCAGCGCUGGCACCCCAGGUUCUAGUCCCGGUUGCUCCUCUUCCAGGCCAGCUCUCUGCUGUGGCCUGGGAAUGCAGUGGAGGAUGGCCCAGGUGCUUGGGCCCCGCACCCGCAUGGGAGACCAGGAAGAGGCACCCGGCUCCUGGCUUUGAAUCAGCGCAGCGCCGGCCGUGGCGGCCAUUAGGGGAGGGAACCAACGGAAGGAAGACUUUUCUCUUGGUCUCUCUCUCAAUGUCUAUAACUCUGUCUCUCUCGCUAACUCUGUCAAAAAAUUAAAAACAAACAAACAAAACCAUUUUUCCUUCUCCACAGUCUUACAGAAGAUUAGUUCUGAGGCCGGCAAUUGACACAGCAGGUUAAGCUACUACCUGGAGGAGCCGGCAUCCUACACUAAGAGUGCUGGUUUCAGUCCUGGCUGCUCGGUUUCUGAUCUAGCUUCCUGCUAAUGUACCUGGGAAGGCAGCAGAGGAUGGUCCAACUUAGGCACCUGCCAGCCAUGUGGGAGAUCCAGAUGAAGUUCCUGGUUCCUGUCUUUGGCCUGGUCCAGCCCCAGCUAAUGGGACCAUCUGGGGAGUGAACUAGCAUAUCAAAGCACUCUGCCUUUCAAAUAAAUAAAUAAGUAAUCUCUAAAAAAAUUCUUUAGAUUUUUAGCAGGGCUGGCGUACUUUUUUUUCCCUUUCCUUAACGAGAAUUUUUACCUUUUUACUUUUAGUAAAAAGUGCUCCAUGGCUUCUCUUUGGCAUAUCUGGACAUCCAGUAUCACUAUUGCACUUUGGAGAAGAGGAAAUCUUUUAAGAAAAUACAGAUUUCAGAUGGGAGAUGCAACCUACCUUAACAUAAAUCAACUUCUCAUGGUUUUGGAUGUUUCAAACAAGGAGUUCACAGUUUUACUUUUUAAGGUGCUAUUUGGAAUGGGCUAUGUCUGAUGUCAAGGCAGUAGCUUCUUAUUUGUUGGUUCACAAAUGCCCUGAGUGGAAAGCUGUGAAUGUGAGGCGAGGGGCUGUGUAAGCCUGGGCCAGGGGCCACUGCCUGUGAUGCCAGCAUCCUAUAUGGGUGCUGUUUCAAGUCCUGGCUGCUCUGCUUUCAAUCCAGCUCCCUACUAAUGUGUCUGGGAAAGCAGCAGAGAAUGGCCCAAGUGCUUGGCCUGCUGCCACCGACAUGGGAGAUCCAGAAGCAGCUCUCCUUCUCUGACUCUGCCUUUCAAGUAAAUAAAUCUUAAAAAAAAAAAAAAAAAAAAAAAAUCCUGGGCUAAGAGCCAGCUAGUUCCAGGCCUCCGGAGGACGAAGAGGCGGCAAGUUCUCCAAAUUACCCUUCCUUUCAGCCACUCUGACUUUACCUGUCAUGUGGGUUCGAUCAUAUGUUCAUAUUUUGAUUUUGGUAUGCUUAUCAUUGUUCUCCGAAAACAAAAAUCACCUUUGUCUGUAGGACAGGGCAAAAUUUAUGCUAAAAACAUUUCCUGGGAAUUAGGGACUCUGCACACAAUUCAAAAUAUAGCCAAUGAGAUUAAAAAGGUGCUUGCUGGAAAUGAAACCCCACAGCUCAACAAAAGCAAGUUUGGUUUAUUUGAAUGGUUUCAUUAAAUAAGUCUACAAAGGUAACAAACUGAAGCACGAAGCGCAAUCUUACAAGAAGCGCAACACCCAGAGUUAGUGCAAAAUGUACAGUUAACGGCUGCUGAGAAACCCCCAAGGUUUGAAUUCAGUUUUUUAAAAAAUAGUGUACAUUGUUAAAUAAUGUAAGGAAAACAUUUAUAAUUCAGAAAGUUUUUUUAAUGUGGAAAAAGAUACUCAAAGUGUACUAUUAACACAAAAAUAAUUUAAACAGUUCAGUAGCACUAGUUAAUUCCUCUAGGCUUCAGUUACUACAUCCACAGGAGGGGGAAAAAUCAAUAGUAAAUAAAACCAGUUCUUACUGUUUGGGUGUGAGUGAGAAGAUCUCAGAAUGUUUAAACCAAAGUAACAGAACACCACCGUGCUGCGCCUGGCUGUCUCACGUUUGGGACCCGCUGCUCAUUACCUGGUACCUUUGUGCUACCUACUCUAACCCUCCCCACAAGAAUAAUAAGCAGAGGGCAGAUCAAUAGUUUUGAAUCAGGGCUUGAAACCGCAGUCCUUAUUGUUUGUACCUUCUUUAAACCUCGGGUUGUCAUUUACAUGUCAAGGGUCUGGGCCAACUUGAAAAAGAAAAGGAAGGAACAGCAUUCGGGGAGUGGCCAGGCUCUUCCCAGCCUGGUGGUGCCUGGGAUGUGCCACUGAGGAGGGCAGAAGGCUGGCAACAGGUCAAGUUCUCAACCAAGUCAGGAGAAGAAGCACCUCCAAGUGGGGUGCUCGCUCUUUCUCCGUCUUCAGAGAUAGCAGAGAUCCCCAACAUAGCCAAUUAGCACAGUACUUCUGGAAAACUCUGAAAAUAAUACAAGUGCCCAUUACAAUUAGGCAUAGCAUUAAAUAAUACUGGUUGGUUGCAGUUACAUUUAAGAAAAAUAUUUGUAUGAAAAUGUGUGAAUGUUAGAUGGAAUUCUAGAAAUAGUGGUGGCACAUUAGAUUGUGAUCCUGCAACCAUUUUGGACCUCACAGAAGAAAGGGUAGGAAUGAGCACUCUUCCCUGUGAUGCUCAGUAAUUCAAAUGUGGAUCUACGUUCCACAAAAUACCGUACCCCAAGCAGGGAAUUGCAUGGUACACGUGCACCAAGAGGAAAGCAAGCCAAAUGAUUUUUCUUAGAGCAACUUUUACCACCUGUGACUUUUUACAAUCAUAUUUCCCAACUUGAAACUAUCACCUAUACCCUUCUCUUUGUUUAGCAUCUUCUUGGUCUCGUCUGUUCAAGCCCAGCUUAAAUAAAUAAGGGUUAUGACAGUCACUGGCCAGGCAUCACACGUCUUCUAAACAAGUCUGUUCCCAUUCUUCAGUCUUUCUGUCAUUCCGCUCACGCUCAUAGAAUCUCUGAAAUUGCCUAAUUUUGUUGUAGGACCCCUUCUCACUAUUCCUGAAACAGACUGCUCGGAACCACUGACGUCGACUUAACUUCUCACCUACUCAUCUUCCACCUGCUCAAGACAAAACUGUUGAUGACUUUAAAAAAAAAAAAAAAGCUUCAAUUUCCCUUUGGCAUAUACAUUUUUGGGGU